AUGGUGGGCGACGCUGAAGUUUAUAGGACUGAUUCAGCAGAAAUCCGCUGCCUGUACAAUUUCUCUGAAACUGUCAGCGCAGUGGAGGUGCAGUGGUUUGUGAAAAAUCAUCAGGGAAAAAGAAUUAGGAUAGCCUACAGUGACCUGACUACGCGAAUCCAGGAUAAAAACACAGAGUACACUAAACGCAUCCACGUGGCAGGGCACAGUGGUGAAGAAAUCCUGACCAUCGAGAACGUGGAACUGUCUGACGAGAGGGAGUUCUUCUGCCUGGUGGAUGGCCUGGCAGCAGGCAUAGAAGAAGGCAGGCUCCACCUAAAGGACCCUCCAGAGCCUCCUGUGAUUGAAGCUGUCCAUUCUGGGGUUUCUGUGGCCAAUAUCUUACCAUCGAAGAUCGCAACUUGUGAAUGUAAAGGCUACCCCCAGCCCAACAUCACUUGGUAUCGCAACAACAGUGUGCUGUGCCACAAAUAUGGCCAGGUGCACGUGAUUACUUUGGUAUCCAAGGACUCCACUGGGCUGUUCACAGUGCAGAGUGAGCUCCAGUAUAAGGUGACCAAGGAGGACAAGGACGUACACUUCUUCUGCAGCGUCGUCUAUUACGUCCCUGGGGCUGCCCGAACGGUCGAGUCCAAAAGGGUCAACAUCAGUGUGCACUACCCCACGACCAAAGUCGAGAUGUGGAGGGAAUCACCCCGGGGUCUGGUCAAAGAAGGAGACACAGUGGAGAUCCGUUGCCGUGGCAAUGGCAGCCCCCUGCCACCCGUCACUUUCAGUCGAGAACAACGUCCAGAAGAGAAGCUGGAGGCUGAUAAUGACCUGCUGGUGCUAAAGGAGGUGACCCGUGACGACAGCGGCAAGUAUCUCUGCCGUGCUCUAGACGUGGACUCCACAGACUAUGAGGACGUGGUGGGGAAUCUCCAGCUUACCGUGCACUAUCUGGACCCAGCUGUCAUGGUCCCCAGAGACCCUGAGGUUAUGCAGGAGGGGGAGAACCUGACCGCCACCUGUAAUGCCUUAUCUUCUCUGGAUACGAGCGCUGUGUGGAGUAAGAAUGGUGUAGAGAUUGGAAAGGGAAAUGCGCUGCAUCUGCAGGACGCUACAUCUGAAACAACUGGACAUUACCACUGUGAGGUGACCGUUCUGUCCCUGCCAGCUCUGCAGACCGGAGGAUCAGUCCACAUCAUUGUGCAGGGUGCUCCUCAGUUGAGAGAUGAGAAAAAGGAGGUGAACAUGAGUGAGGAUGUGGGGAAGUGGGUGAAUCUGAUAUGUGAUGCAGGAGGAUACCCCAGACCCACAGUUACUUGGAGCAUCAGCGGUAGCCCUGUCUGGCGAGAGGUUGUGAGAAAAGAGACAGAGGACUCUGUUCAAAGCAUAAUAACUCUGAAAGUGUCUAGAGACACUGUGGCCACGUGCAAUGCUACAAACAAAAUUGGGGGGGAGACCAAGAGCUACUUCAUCAGAGGCAUUCCCAUCAUGAGCACGACCUUAAACAACACUGCAGUCGAUAGCAGCGAACUGGCCAACAAGGUCAUUGUUGUCAGCAUUCUUUUCCUGGCCGUCUUUGGCAGCAUCCUCUUCUUCGUGUACAAGAAGGGCAAGUUACCGUGCGGACGUUCUGGCAAACACAAGAUUGAUCGCUUCGGCACCAAGGAGGAAACCAGUGAUGAGGGCAUCUUCAUGGAGGUGAAGGGAGAUGAGACAGAGACCUCGGUACCACUGAAGGAUGUCCAUGACAAUAAGAAACCACCCGCUGACCAGGUAACUAUAUAACCUGAGGGAACGACAGCAAGUGGACUCUUCU